UCUCACUCAGUGACAAGCCUGUCCUAUUCCUGACAACUCUGGGCAGGUGUUGAUGAAGCGAUCAAGGUUUCCUCUGGAGGAGCAGACAGGCUAGGAGUAGAAAUGGUGAUGGGCUCAACUGGAGCAGGUGGAUCAGGAGCCAUGGAGUUCCUUGCCACAGAGGCAGCCGCUGGCAUGGACAAACACACUUUCCUGUACUUCGCCUAUGGGAGCAAUCUGCUGAAGGAGAGACUGCAGCUUAAGAACCCCUCUGCCACAGUGCACUGUGUGGCCAGGCUCAAGGACUACAAACUUGUGUUUGGGAACCACCAAGGCUUGCCUAGUGCUCGUUGGCACGGGGGUGUGGCCACAAUUGAGCACAGCCCUGGGGACGAGGUGUGGGGAGUGGUGUGGAAGAUGAACAUGGCUGACCUUGAAUCCCUGGACAGACAGGAAAAUGUGAAACUGGGAGCCUACAGCCCUGUGGAGGUAUCUGUUUCCACCAGGGGCCAGGAACUUAACUGUCGAACUUACAUCAUGAACAGCUGUGUCUACGCACUUCCAUCUCCACAGUAUCUAAAGGUGAUAGUGAUGGGGGCAGAACAGAAUGGGUUACCAAGGGAUUACCAGGAAAAGUUGAAGGAUAUCGAGACCAACAAGUAUGAAGGACCCCUGCCUGUGAUGGAGGAGCUGGAGCGUGCCCUGAGGAAGUCAAAGAACAUCAGUCUUACACAAACUCUGCCAAGUUUGGCUAAAUCACAAUAAUCACCGUCUACCAGCCCCUACAUAUUUGCAUACACUAGAAGGAUAUUGCAUAAACAGUUUUGGUAUAAUGUUGUUAUUCUUACUCCUGGUGAGAUCCAUUAAGGCUGAGUUGGGGCUGAAGGCAGUAACCCUAAUCAGCCAUUCAAUAAAACUACCAAUACAACAAAGCCUACAGUCAAAAAAGAAACCUUUCGUCAUGACCCCCCAAGAAAAGGCAGUUGAGAGGAACAGAAAAGUGGAAUGGAAACCAAACAUUAAAUA